CGCUAGUUAAACAACAACGCAGCGGAAUCGAUGCCGCGGUCGCAAAUUCAGCGGUGUUGCGAGUUCGACAACGCCGAAAUAUUCAACGAUGUCGCAAGGCCAAAACAACAUCGUGGAGCUCAACGACAUAGUGAGCUUGAUGGUGUUGCAAGCUGAGCAAUGCCGUGAAUGGGUUCAACGACGUCGUUAUGGAAACUUUGUUGGUGGAGGUGUAAACGACGUCUUGCACGUGAGAUUCGGGAGUGAAGAGAAGAUCAAAGCGGUUGAAGACUACGACUCUGUGGAGAAGAGUGAAGACACGUGGGAGUUCACAACGGAGCGGUUGAGGAAGCAGUUCCACGGGGCGUGAAGACUACGCAAAUGAUUUCAUAUAAAAUCACCGGAGCAAGGAGAGAGAAAGUAACCAAAAAAUCAACACAGAUCAACUCUGUUCAAACUUUACCUUUUCUCUGUAACUCCUUCGUGGAGCUUUCCUUCCAGGAAGGAUCUCCAUAGUUGUAGUCUUAGUCGUAGUCGCGGAGCUCUCCACAAGAAUCUCCAUAGGAGUAGCGGUAGUGUAGAUUCCUCAAAAAACUCAAACACCCUCGUUCGAACGUAGUUUGGAGAGGUGCGAACCGUAGUAACGGUCGCGUUGGUUAGAAGUCAAAGGUGCAUCGAUCAGACCAACAUCGCCCGACGGUGGAUUUUUGACGGUCACGUUGAUUUCACCAUUCAGAGGUGCAGCGAUCAAAUCAACAUCGCACGGCGGUGGACAUUUGACGAUCGUCAUCGUUUUCAGAAGUCAGUUGCACCGAUCAAAUCAACAACGCCCAGCGGUGGAUACUUGACGGUCACGUUGAUUUCAACAUUCAGUGGUGCGUCCGAUCAAACGGCACCGCAAGAAUUUCCCUUACGAAACAUCAAAUCAACACCGCCUCUACCAAAAUCGGCGCCAGCGGUGGGAUUUGGUUUUCUCGGGAAACACAAACCAAGUUUUUCUCGUAGCAAUGACAUAAUUUUCAUUUAUUCAAUGAUUGUAGUGCGAGUUAGAAGUUAGAACUACAAUUUGAAUCUAUAAAAUAUGUAAGAAUUAAGAUAUUUUUGACCGCCUUAUUGAAAAACCUAGUAAUUGCACUUGUUUGAGGCCUUAGACACGAACACAACCUUUAUCCCAUGAUUAGCAUGAAAGGUUUGGUGUCUCCAAUGGAGCAAUGUCAUUACUAAGUUUAAUCUUGUAGAAAAUGUAGUUGCAUCAUAGAAUUGAAUGACUCUUGUUCGAAACCUUAAAAUCGGAUUGAGAAGACAUAAGCUUAGUUUGGUCCUGCUGUAGUUUUUGCAGAAGCAGCUUCUGGCUGUAACUUUUAGAUAAGUACUUUUCAAAAAAAGCAGUUUAGUGUUUGGCUGUAAAACUAUUAGAAGUGCUUUUUAAUAAGAGCGGUUGUGUAAAAUGAUUAUAAAGGACUUAUAAUAUAAAAUAAAAAUAAAAAUUCUAAACAAUAAAAAGUAGUCAAAAUGGAUCUUGUUAGAUUUCUUUUAUAUUAAAUAAUAUAAUUUUAUAAUUUAUUUUAUUUUUAAAAUUAUAUAAAUGAAGGAAAAUUAUAUUUUUCUGAAAUAAAAUUAAAAUAGGUAAGGAUAAUCUUGUAUUUUCAAAACAGCUUUUCGUAGAAGCUCCAAAUCGGAGCUUCUGCUUUUAUGUUAUACAAAAACGCUUUUCGGCUUUUCAAAAACCGAGCUUUUAGAGGUGUUUGGCCCUGCUUCAACUUUUGAAGCCGAAAAACACUUCUAAAAGUCGGGCCAAACAUAGGCAUAGAGUUUGGCAUGCUUACAGAUGCAUUAUGUAAAAGGUUUGACUUAAUCUUAUUGGAUUAAUAUCAAAAUAAAAUAGGAUUAUGGUUUUAUUUUUAAAUUUUGUAUUCUUUUUCGGAGUGAUAAAGAUGACUUGAGAGAGGGGUGAUUUAUGGCUCACUAUGAAAAAGCUUAAUAUUGUUUCUAAAGAAAAGCUUAAUAUUGAA